UCGUCGAAAAAUGCAUGGACAACUCUGCUAGUUGGACCACAUGCACAAGUAGUAGUUACACACAACACGAGGGUUGCACCGAUGAUUAUUUACAUUUCGCACGUACAAACGUCGGUUGUUCUUUGACAUGUUGGAGGCUCCUAUCCUGAUGGAAACAUCAUUAUCACCAAAUCAUGCUGGCAAGAAUUCUGAGGAAAAUGAUUUAGAUGGGGAGGAACCAAGUUGGGAGGAACACCAUGUACCGGAGGAAGUCGAUAUGAUGGAGAGAUGUCUUAAGCUAGUACAGAAAUGGCCACAGAUUCUGGAAUUGCUAUGUCAGGAAGAAACCUCGCUAAAGGAUAUCCGAGUGUCAUUUGAAACCUUGACAGAGAUUUUACAGUAUAUUCCAGAGAGUCUUCCAGAAGCCAUUCCCACAGUUCUGGAUGUUAUACAAAAGAUCUUAAAUGUGUACAUUGGUCAAGUGUAUCGUGCACUCCAAGGUGGUAAUCCAAGUACAGUCAUUAUGGCAGCUCUCAAUCUCCUGAUUGCAAUGGUAGCCCAUAGCCAGUCAACAGCUCGAGAGGUUUUAACAUCGUUCAACCUCCAGCAUGGUGUGUUGAGGACACUUGUCAACAGAAGAAAUCCAAAGGAACAGGAAGAUAUUCGUGGAUGCUGCAUUCGUUUUGCAAUGGCUUUUUUCAUCAGUGCAGACAACAAGGUCAUAAAGCAAGUGUUGACAAAUAAAGAUUUUCUCAAGAGCUUCUUCCGAAAACUGGAACUUGAUCGAGUGUCCAACAUACAACUGCUUUUGAUCACAUUAUCUCAGUAUGUUGUGUGCAAUCCAACUGUGAGCAAAACCGAGAAAAUUCAUCUUCUGAAUGACUACACACUAUUGCAGUUUGCUGCACUGUACAGAUGGCAAGGUCCAACAGGUGCUGAGCUUGAUACUGAGGUUCAGUCAUCAGAAGCUCUCCAGUUUCCUGAAGUACGCCAACUCUGUCACCAAUUUCUAAUGAAAGUCACAUGUGAUCUUAAACAUGGCAUCAACUUUUAUGAUGGCACCCUUGGGCUCUCUGGAAAAAACUGCAACCCAAUCCUCCUCAAGUUUCUGUUAAGUUUACAUCGUGCUAAUGAAGAUAUGCUAAUUCAGGAUUUGGUUGUGAACAUUCUCCGAACCUGCCCUGACCUAUUGAACCCGUAUUUGACCUCAUGCAAGUACUCAUUCCAGCCCAUGCCACUUCCAUCUUGGUUUGCAAAUAUCAACCUCCUGGAAAAGAUUCUUUCUGGCCAGGUCGUUAUUUCUACUGCCUUGCAGCAAGCCAAUAUGUUAUGUACCAGCUAUACAGUACUCAUAGCAAUGGUCAACACAGUACCAACUGUCCUCACACCGGUGCUACUUUCACAGGCUGUCAAACAUAGCAACCUAUCAGUCAGCUACCACAUUCUUCAAGUCAUCAGGUUAAUACUGACAAGAGGUCAGGGUGUUAUACAGUGGUUAAGGGAAUCCAAGAUGUCUGCAGAAACAGUGGAACCUAUCCAAAGUGUGAUUACACAAUAUCAACAGGCUCUCAUGAAGGCCUUGCCAGAGGUGGAUACUUAUAUUGGCCUGCUGAACAAGCUGUUGGAUCAUCCAGUAGAUGGAGAUGGAAGUGACAACAACGUGAAGAAACAGGACAGUGAAGAAGCACUGUCUGGAAAGGAGGCUAAGCAGUCUGUUGCAGCCAGUGAUUUACCACAACUACCAAAGAGAGACAACGUUUUGUUACUACUGUUUGAUAUCUUAAGUGCGUAUCAGCAGACUAUCCCAUCCUCCUUUGCUCAGACUUCAUAUGAUUUCAGCCACUUACCACACAUACUCAAACAUACUGAGGCAACUUUACAGCCAGAUAUUGAGGAGAGAGCCAUCAAGAUGUUACUUGGCUUUCCUGAAGGAAAACUCAGGGGCUUUAAAGAGGUCAAAGGUGAGAGUGGAUCAACAGUUAUGCUGUUGCUGAAGCAGUUAACAUCAACGCCAGCACUCAAAGUUAAACUGCUAAACAAGUUUAUCAAGGAGACGGGGUUGUUUGAUCAGGCUGAAUGGGAAAUUACUUUGUGGCUUGAUAAGCUAGCUACACUAGAGCAGAAUGAGAGUGCGCACAUCGUCGGCAUAUUUUACAAAUCACUGACACAGGUCAUCAGAAACCCUCACCCAUUCAAUGACAAGGUGAUUGAGGCUAUGAACUGGGCUCACACACUAGUUCAGAAGGACACCACAGAUAAAUCUGUGAGCCACCAUCUGUCUGCACAGCCCAAUGUUUUAAUCCAAGCAAUGUCUUGCACUUUUGAUGAUAAGUGGUUCGUUAAGGAUGAGCAUUUGAGUGAAGAAUUACCUGUCAAACCACAACCAUGCAGUGCUGUUUUACCCUCAGCCCUUGAGGUUUUCACUCAGUUGAAAGGGCAAGACCAAAGAUUAUUCAGUCAAUACAUAUCCCAAGUAAUCCUGAGUAUCAUAGACUGGCAAGAGUCUCCCGAGUCAGUUUGUUAUCUACUGCAUCAAUACACUGAGGCUGAAGGUAGUAAUAUCAAGGCGCAGGUAUGUUGGCAACAAGUCCUACAAUACUGCUCACUGUGGUUGCCUUCCCAGCACUACCUGGAUGACUUACAUGUAGAUCAGAAGUGUUCUUCAGAUGAGACUUCAGAAGAUAAAUCAAAGGAUUGGAGAAGUUGUUUACGUGAUUCCAUCGUACAAGGUGCUGAACUUGGACCCGGUGACUUCAAGAUACUUUUACAGUGUGACAAACCUGAAGUAUUACUCAUGACAAGGCAGUUGCUGAUGUAUGUUAAUACACUGCAAGAGAAGCAGACCAAGAAUGUAUCUGCAAUUUCUCGGAGUUACUUUAAUCUGCUUCAGGAUAUAUUAAAGAAUGCUCAGUCACAUACAAAGCAGAAUCAACAAGCCAUGCAGACCAUUGAAGACACAAGUGCAGUUACUAGUACCUUAAACUCAAUCCCAGUAUAUGCAGAGUCUCAGGAUGAGGAGUGGUGGAUUGAUAUGGCCUGUCUAGUACUGCAGCAUACGCUUUUCAAAGCUUGCCUAGUUCACUUAACAGGUGCUUACCCUAUACCUCUCCCUCGUCAAUUGAAAAGUGACAAACAAGUAUGGAGUACAACUUUGAUGGAUUCCUUCCUGAAGUGCAUACAAGUGUUCAAACAACAACUUCCAACUCAAAAACUUGAACCCUUGCUCAAACCAUUCAUCGAAGCUUCAUUUCAUAGCUUCUUACACUUGGUCACUACAAAGAAGAAGAAAACUGAAAAGAAAUCAUCACAAGCAUCCAAAGGCUACACUGUGGAGUUAUUUAAGAAGAUAUGUUUAUAUGGGGAAGCAACUGAGAUAAAUGAGAUAAUUGGAGCAUUAAUUCAGACAUUAGAAAGCAAGGAUGUAUCAAUGACUAGUACAGAUGAUGAAUGGCAUGUAUGUCUCCUUGAUGUACUGUGCCAGUUAUUGCUCAUCAUUGAAUGUAACCCUUCAAUGUCAUCUGGAAGUCUCAAAGAAGAUGACAUGAUACCUACCUAUUGUGUUGCUACACUAGUGAAGAUAGCGCAGAAGUUUGGCAAUGGUAAAUUGGACAAAGUGCUUCUUAAGAUUCUGAAUGAAGAUUCUAAGUUGACAGCAGCUUUUACCAGCUCCUUAGUAAGUACAUGGCUGGAUGAACCAUCACAGUUAACAAGUGAAGUUGUUAGCCUGCUACUUAAGUACAGCAAGAAACAUCGCCAUUGGUUUGAAGAAUGGUUUGCUCAGAGCUCUCGACAGCAACUGCUUCUUACCAAAGACGUACUGCUUCCCGUGGUUGUGAGUUACUGCACUCACUCAUGUAACUCACUUAAUGCAGAAAGUCCUAUGAUCAGCAUGUUGCACUCUGUCUACUGGCGCUGGUUGCAAGACUGGUUGUUGAUACUGAACAUGCAGCAUGAAUUGGAGCCCAGUGAUCAGUCUAAGAUGGACUUACUCACACACUUACUGAUGCACUCAAGCAAAGAUGUGACCAAUAACCUUCUACGCACCCUCACCACUAAAAUACAAGAACAUCAAGUCACAUAUCACAGGUUUCAGUUACAGGUUUUGCAGCUUUCAGUAGAGAGGUUAGUGUGUUUAAGGGGAUCGGAGUCAUGUACCAAGAAGGAGCAAGGUAUACUACAAGAGGUAAUGGUUGCUUGCUUACAGAGCCUUGUAAGAAUCAUCAAAGGCAGUCAAUCUCAACCAUCCUCACAACUUGAUCUUCAUCUUGAAUCUACAGCUGCAGUCGUUGAGUAUAUAAAAAAGGAUUGGCUAUCUGGAACGCCUGCCCUAAACCAAGUGUGGAAAUCCUUUGUCAGGAAUGGUCUGAAGCACUGCUACCAGUCCAAUAAGAUGAUACAGUUAUUGUCAAGCCUAGUUGAGCUGAUGUACCAACCCAGAAAGUGUGCCCCAAAUGAUGAGAUACCACUAAAACAGGCUUCCACAAUCCUGCCGCUACCAUUGUUGUACCAGAUAGUACUCAGCCAUUCAAAGUUCUUGCCUACUCUUUUGGAGGAUUCAACGGAUGCUGAAAUUGCUACAACCAAAGAAUCCUUGGUGUUAUUGAUGUUGACCAUGGUACGUCUAGAACCACUGUGCUGUCAUAAAGCUCAUUACCCUGUACUGAUUGGAGCCUAUGAUCCUACCCUCAGCACAGCAAAUGCUGCACUUCUCAUGAUUCUACGACAAUAUGAGAUGAAUCAAGCAAGCUCAUUUGAAGACAGGCCAACUUCAUGGGGCCAAGUUGCGAUAUCAAAACAUCAAUCCCAGAAGGCACUUGGAAAAUCACUAUGGCAACAGUCAACCAUGAAAGAAAUACUACAACAGCUAGAGCCAGACACGCUGCAAGACUCUUCUACCCACUUUCCUCUUCAUCGGAAGUUACAGAUUGCCUAUGAUAGUUGUACACCUGACAUUUGGUCUCACCGGUAUGAUCCGUGCUUUCUGUUUCCUCUCUUCAGUCAUCUACUUGCACCAGAGUGUUUAGUAGACUGCCAACAGUUUAUUGAGAGUCGUGCCUUGGCACUGACCUUAGCUGGUCUGAGUAGUUACGACUCGGAUAUGAGGCAAGCGGCUUACCACAUCAUGACGUUUUAUCUUGGUCACUUAGAAGGAGCAAGAUUUCGUGGUCGAAGAGAGGUUUACUACCUGAUGCACUGCCUCAAAAACUCCAUAACUGAGCCUAACAUGAGAGUACCGUGUGUGUUGGGUGUGUUCGUUGCUAGAGCAGCACUACUGAUGCUAACGCCAGAACACUUCCUCUAUCCAGUCAUUCUGCAAUAUCUCUUGAUUAAACCUCAGCUGCAGAUCACUUCUGUUCCUCUAUUCUCUAGACUCGUAUAUAGUAGUAGCUUCAAGCAUGGGGAGGAAUGUAGCUGGAUGGUGUCCUUACUGACCGAUGGGCUCCAGGAUUCAGUGGAUGUGACUUUCUAUCAAAGGAACUCUGUGUUCACAACACUCAUGGCUUUCUAUCAGUCGAAACUAGCUACAAAACAAAUCAAGGAUGGGAUUUUGCAGCUGUUAGACAGAGCUUUGGACAUACAGGACUCAAGACACGGUCUGACCAAGCUGUUAAUGCCAUCUGUGCUACCAAUGAUCACAAACACAAGGAGUGAAUCUCAGCAGUCACACCCAUCUAUUGUGAACCUAUUGAAGAAGAUGAACCCUGUCAAUACAACGCUACAAGACUCCCAAUCUAUCAGCAGUAUCAUCAAGUUUAAACUCGGCUCAUCAUAAACUUAAUCAGCUUUUUAUAGGAUUGAUAAAUGAGUAGAAAGUUAUGCCAGGUAAUUUAAAGGAUUUGGGUACCUUUUUCAAAAUGUCCACAGAUUUAAACAUUAAACUUACUCAGUUUGAAGAU